UUUAGGCCAUCUAUAUAUAUCUAUAUCUUAUAUCUUAUAUCUUAUAUCUAUUUUAAAUAACUUAAGGCCGCUAAAAUUUGGGGGGGAACAGCCUUCGCCCUGGAGCGGUGCGCGAUGCUGUCUCACGCCGACCUCCUGGACGCCCGUCUCGGGAUGAAAGAUGCUGCCGAGCUGCUGGGACACCGGGAGGCGGUGAAGUGUCGGCUGGGCGUAGGGGGCUCGGAUCCGGGGGGGCACCCGGGAGACAUGGCCCCCAACUCGGACACGGUGGAAGGGACCACCCUGCUGCCGGGGGAGGACAUCACCACGGUGGGAUCCAACCCCAGCUCCUUAGCCGUCAGCUCCAAAGACCCCGACAAGCAGCAAAGCCAGCAGGGCGGCCAGAACCCCAGCCAGGCUGGGCAGCAGCAGGGGCAGCAGAAGCAGAAGCGGCACCGCACCCGCUUCACGCCGGCGCAGCUGAACGAGCUGGAGAGGAGCUUCGCCAAGACCCACUAUCCGGACAUCUUCAUGCGGGAGGAGCUGGCCUUGCGCAUCGGCCUCACCGAGUCCCGGGUGCAGGUCUGGUUCCAGAACCGCCGGGCCAAGUGGAAGAAGCGCAAGAAGACCACCAACGUCUUCCGCGCCCCGGGGACGCUGCUGCCCACGCCGGGGCUGCCGCAGUUCCCCUCGGCCGCCGCCGCCGCCGCCGCCGCCAUGGGGGACAGCCUCUGCUCCUUCCACGCCAACGACACGCGCUGGGCCGCCGCCGCCAUGCCGGGCGUCUCGCAGCUGCCGCUGCCGCCGGCGCUGGGCCGGCAGCAGGCCAUGGCGCAGUCCCUCUCCCAGUGCAGCCUGGCGGCCGGGCCGCCGCCCAACUCCAUGGGCCUCUCCAACAGCCUGGCGGGCUCCAACGGCGCCGGGCUGCAGUCGCACCUCUACCAGCCCGCCUUCCCCGGCAUGGUGCCCGCCUCCCUGCCCGGCCCCAGCAACGUGACGGGCUCGCCCCAGCUCUGCAGCUCCCCGGACAGCAGCGACGUGUGGCGGGGAACCAGCAUCGCGUCCCUCCGCCGCAAAGCACUAGAGCACACAGUCUCCAUGAGCUUCACCUAA